AUGUCGUCCUCCCUGCAACCGAUCACUCUCUACGCCCAUGGACACAGUCCAAACCCCGUCAAAGUCGCAAUCAUCCUCGAAGAGCUUGGGUUGCCGUACAAGAAGGUCAACCUCGACGGCCCCGCCCUGAAACAGGAGCCGUUCAUCUCCAUCAACCCCAACGGCCGCGCCCCGGCCAUCGAAGACCCCAACACGGGCAUCACGCUCUGGGAGUCCGGCGCGAUCAUACAGUACCUGGUCGAAACGUACGACGCGGAGCACCACAAACUGUCCUACCCGGCCACGGCCGUGCGCGAAUACCACCAGCUCAACCAGUGGCUCAUGUUCCAGGUCUCGGGCCAGGGGCCCUACUUCGGCCAGGCCACGUGGUUCCUCUUCUUCCACCCCGAGAAACUGCCCAGCGCGAUCGAGCGGUACUUGAACGAGAUUGAGCGCGUCACGGGCGUCUUGGAUUCGUGGCUGGCCAAGCAUGAGUUCCUGGUCGGCGACAAGGUCACUUACGCGGACCUCAGUUUCGUGCCUUAUGCCGCAUUGGUGGCCAAGGUGCCGAUAUUGAAUCGGGAUGGGAAGUUGUUCGUCGCCGAAGGAGAGGAAGGUGGUGAGAAGAAGGAGAAAUAUCCCGCUUAUACGAAGUGGUUGGAUACGCUGAUGGCUAGGCCGGCAGUGAGCAAGGUUAUGGAGCAGUUUGCAGCCGCUGCCGCUAGCAUACACUGA